CUAAUACAGGUCCCAGAACCCGGACACGCAGGCCCGGGAACGGUUACGGCCUAUACAAUCACCAUUUGGCGUUUGAGUCCCGGGACCUGUCAAAAACAAACGCCACAAUCGCCACCCUGUCACUGUCACAGGAACUACCGCCGCCACGUGUCAACAUCAUUUUCACCGAAGCUUUAAAACGACGGCGUCUGAUCAACACGGACGGACUCCUGCAUAUAUUUUCGCGCUCUCCCACUCCCCUGAUUCCAUUCAUUGCACUUUCUAGAUUUUCCCUUCUCCCUUCUCUCCUCUUUCUUUUUCCGUUUCUUCUCUUUCUUCCCAUUUUUAGACCUUCGAUUCCUUGCUUCUUCGUCGGGAUUCCCGUCCCGCUGAUGGAGACUCUGCAAUUCGUACCAUCAAGGGUGGUACGCAGCUUCAAUUUGUCGCAGAACGUGUCGUUGAUUUCGUUCAGUGGAGUUAGGCAAGUAGGAUUCGCUUCUUCCUUAUUGUCGAGGAACAGAACUGUUCAAUCUUGUUGCGUUAGAGCGAGAUCUUACGCUGAGGAUAGGAGUGAAGAAGAUUUUAUCAGAACGAACAGUGGCGGCGCUCAAGAUAAGGAGCAAAAUGAGGGGCGGUUACUGGGUGCCGAGAGAGAUAGUACUGGUUCUGUUGUAGGAUUCCAGUUGAUUCCACAUUCUGCGAUUGCUGAUGCAAAUGUUCUGGAAACACAAGGCAAUGUGGCCUCCUCAGGAGGCGAGCUAUCUGAUGACAGUGAAUCAAGUAAAGAAGAACCAACAGCCACAACCUACAGCAUUGUUUUUGUUACUGCUGAAGCAGCUCCAUAUUCCAAGACGGGAGGCUUGGGAGAUGUUUGUGGCUCUUUACCUAUAGCACUGGCUGCCCGGGGCCACCGGGUAAUGGUUGUCAGUCCAAGAUAUAUAAAUGAGAGUUCAUUGGCUAAAUUCGACAACGCUGUUGAAUUGGAGCAAAGAGCCCAGAUAUACUGCUUUGACGGUGUGCAGGAGGUCGGAUAUUUCCAUGAAUACAGGGGCGGUGUUGAUUGGAUCUUUGUCGAUCACCCUUCCUACCACAGAGCAGGAACUCCAUAUGGUGAUAGUAACGGUACUUUUGGUGAUAAUCAGUUCCGUUUCACUUUGCUUUGCCAUGCGGCUUGCGAGGCUCCGUUAGUACUGCCACUCGGAGGUUUCACUUAUGGGGAAAACUGCCUAUUUCUUGCAAAUGACUGGCAUGCAGGCCUAGUUCCUGUACUUCUAUCAGCAAAGUAUCGCCCACAUUCAGUGUACCUCAAUGCUCGAAGUAUCUUUGUGAUACACAACUUAGCCCAUCAAGGAGUCGAGCCAGCAUCCACGUAUAAGAAUUUAGGGUUGCCCAAUGGAUGGUACAAGGUGCUGGAAUGGGUGUUCCCCCCUUGGGCAAGAACGCAUGCUCUUGACCCUGGCGAAGCCGUCAACGUUUUGAAAGCUGCAAUUGUCACUGCAGACAGGAUAGUGACAGUCAGCCCGGGUUAUUCCUGGGAAAUAACCACUCCCGAGGGUGGAUGCGGUUUACACGAGCUGUUAACUAUUCGACAGAUGAUUUUAACAGGAAUCACAAAUGGAAUCGAUGCUGCUGAAUGGAAUCCGAGCACGGACAAAUAUCUUCCUGUUCGGUACUCCAUUGAUAACCUCGGUCCAAAGGCUCAGUGCAAGAUUAAACUUCAGCAGCAACUAGGCCUCCCGAUUCUUCCCGACUGUCCACUAAUUGGAUUUAUAGGGAGGCUUGAUUACCAAAAAGGUGUCGACAUUCUCCUCUCAGCCAUUCCUGAACUCUUACAAGACACAGUCCAAGUUGUCAUGCUCGGAUCGGGGGAGAAACAAUACGAAGACUGGAUGAGACAUUUAGAGUCUGUUUACAGAGACAAGUAUCGAGGUUGGGUCGGGUUCAACAUUCCCAUCUCUCACAGAAUUACAGCAGGCUGCGACAUUCUUGUCAUGCCUUCAAGAUUCGAACCGUGUGGAUUGAAUCAGCUGUAUGCAAUGCGAUAUGGUACCGUUCCUGUCGUUCACAAGACAGGAGGGCUUAGAGACACUGUCAAGAAUUUCAAUCCAUUUCCACCUGGAGGCGGCCCUGAGCAGGGUACAGGGUGGACAUUUUCGCCUCUAUCUAAGGAAUGUUUACUUGCGACACUGAGGAUAGCUAUCGCAACAUACAAUGCCUACAAGAGUUCUUGGGAAGGACUGAUGAGGCGGGGCAUGGAGAGGGACUCGACUUGGGACAAUGCGGCAGCUCAAUACGAGCAAGUGUUCGAAUGGGCGUUUAAGGACCCUCCCUAUCCCGGCUAAAACUAACACAGGUUAGUUGCUUGAUUGGUUAUAACACUCUUAUAACCAUAGCAUCAAUAACCAAAGCAUCAUCAUUUUGCUAGCCUACUAGAAAGGAUUCGAUUCGAUACCAUUCAUUCACACGUUAUAAGAAAAUUGGAAGUCUCACAAUUAGUUGCGGCUCAUAAACUUCUUUCCCAAUAAACAAGUUAGUGCAUGUUCUUUUUGGA